GCAUCUCUGUUCUCUGGUUAUAAUGGCAGUUGUCAAAAUUUUAAUGGAAAAACAAAACAGUUGUUUUUUUUUUCUUACGCAAGGCGAUUUUUAAACAUAAUAUAUCUUGCCUUCGAAAUGAUUUAUGUUUACGUGGUUUUUUGUCUGCAAUUUGCGCUUUAUUUAAACGCAGAGUUUACUUCAAAAGACUGCCGGGAAUUCGGGUUUAUAAAAUCUCAACUAUUUUGCUCAUCAUGUAAUAGUUUAAGUGAAUAUAAUCUGGACGAAUUAAAGGAUCACUGCCGCGAGUGCUGUCAAAAGGACGUCAAUAGUGACGGCAAGUUAAAAAUAUAUCCGAAAGCAGUACUUGAGGUGUGUACCUGCAAAUUCGGUGCCUAUCCUCAAAUUCAGGCAUUUAUUAAAAGUGAUCGUCCUGCGAAAUUUCCCAAUCUUUCAAUUAAGUAUGUUCGUGGGUUGGAUCCGAUGGUUAAACUAAUGGAUGAGUUCGGUAACGUAAAAGAAACAUUAUCUAUAAACAAGUGGAACACGGACACUGUACAAGAGUUUUUCGAAACUAGAUUGAGCAAGGUCUCAGUUGAAGAUGAUUAUUUGAAUACAAACAGAGUGUGAAUAAAUAGAUUCAGCAAACGCUAACAAUAUUGUAUAGUAAAAUUGGUUUGUUUAAAUUGUUUCCAUGGCCAGAAUGAACUUAAAAAGCACUUAUAAAUAAGGGGCAAUAGAUAUCCAAUAAGAAAACGAAAACAAUAUAAGGCGAAUAUGA